GUGAAAUGACGUCUGGCGGAGUUGCACUGCUUUCUUCGCCAGGCUGUUGCAAGCGGUCGACUGAAGAUCAGCGGAGACGAUGCAGAAGCAGUGCUUUCUUGUGUUCUUGCUGGUUCAUGGUGUCACUGCAUAUUCAAGUGGACUACUUCUCGAUGCAUGUAACACUAUGUUGCCUUUACAUGACAGUGUGGCUCAGAUCUCACCACCUCCUUAUGAGAUUACAACUGACAAAUCCUCAUAUAGCCCAGGGGAUGAAAUUAAAGUGACUAUUAGAGGGCUUACACAUCCAUUUAAAGGUUUCUUGUUGGAGGCUUGGCAGGAUGGAAUUAGAAAUGCUGUUGGGUCCUUUGCAGAGCCAAAUAGUGGUGAUCAGUUUCAAGGAUUACAAUGCAAUGGAGUGCCUAAUUCAGCUGUCAGUCAUACUGAUAAACUGGAUAAAACUCAGGUUCAGAUUGCAUGGAUUUCACCAACUAGCCCUUUAGGAAACAUUGAAUUUAGGGCAACAUUAGUUGAAAAUAAAACAACAUUUUGGGAGAAUGUUACCUCUGCUCUUGUACAUCAAGUUGCUCGUGAUAACUCUUCUCCUAACUCAGCCAGCUUCUCAUCUUUAAGCGAUCAAAUAAACUUUGAGGGUUUUAGCAGUCGUGCUGCCUUCUUAUCUAGUGAUGGUUGUGGCACAGUGAAGUUCUGCUUUACUAAUCCUGACGGAUGUGAUCCGAGUACAGAUUCCAGCUGUUAUUUUAUGUCUUCUACUGCACUUCAGAAUGGAACGGAUGGUUUUCAGUUUGAAAUUUCUGGCAGCUCUAAUGGUUACGUAGCUAUUGGAUUCUCGGAUGACCAGAUAAUGGGAAACGAUGACAUUUAUGCUUGUGUUCUUAAUAGUGAAGUUGUUGGGAUUCAGCAUGCAUACUCCAUUGGAGAAACACAGCUGACACCUUUGCUUCUGGGGAAUGUGAGCAACAUCACAACUUCGUACAGUGGGGGAGUAAUCCAGUGUUCAUUCAUUUCAAAAAAUGUCAUAUCAACCCAGCAGAGAGUUGCAAACAGCUACUAUUACAUUUUUUUGGCAUUUGGUCCUUCUUCAAAUGGUGUAAUACAGCAACAUCCCCAAACACCAUUUAUUAGUCCUAACAAAAUUGAUCUCCUUAGCACCCAGUCAUUAAGUGGCAGUGAAAGUAAUCCUCCUAUUAUUAAAACACACGGUGCACUUAUGCUAAUUUCUUGGAUGACAACAGGAAGUAUUGGAAUAUUAAUUGCCAGGUUUUGCAAGCAUGUUGUUAAGGGAAAAAGGAUACUUGGAAAAGACCUCUGGUUUCAGGCACAUGUUUUUCUGAUGCUGCUUACUGUAGCUGCAACAAUCACUGCCUUUGUGCUGGCAUUUGUAUCAUCUGGAGACUGGAGUGGUGGGGCACAUCCAGUUCUUGGAUGUAUUGUGAUGGGUCUUGCUUUAAUCCAGCCACUUGGAGCAAUAUUUCGCUGUGCCCCUGACAACAACAGGAGAUUCAUCUUCAAUAUCUUGCAUGCAUGUAAUGCUCUUGUAAUCAAAGUGCUUGCAGUGGCUGCAAUAUUUCUUGGCCUUGAGUUGCUUGACAGUACCAAUACGUGGAUGCGUAAAGUCAUGGGAGGAUUUGUUGGAUGGGAAUUUCUCAUAUUUAUUAUCCUAGAUGUUAAAGCAUUUAUGCAGAGGAGAGAAAUUUAUGCAAAUGUAUCACAGAUGCUAGUGGAGCCAGUAAUACUGAUCAUUUAUAUUGCUGGGAACUUGAUGUUUUUAAUUGCUCUGCUGGUUGGAAUUGGGCAAACUUAAUGAAAGAUUUAUUAUAAUGUAUGUUUACUCAUUUAAUAUUAGUGCAAUUAUCUUCAUUGUGAAUUUGUGAAUUUCCCCUUGGGAUUAAUAAAG